CCGCAGUUUGGCGGUCGGUCGUGAGGAUGGUGCGCUCUGUACGUGAACAAAGAAAAAUAAGUGUUUGCAAGUGUAAAGCAGAUGAUGUCGUCUGAGCACACAAAAGUGCAGGUGGAAUACGUUAACGAGGACAAAACCACCAAGGAGGGAAGCGGCUCCCAGUCGCCCCUGGCUUUACUGGCAGCGACGUGUAGUAGGCUCGGUGCUGCCAACAUGGGGCCUGAACAGCAGCAAGAAAAAGAACAACAACAACAUUUUAGUCCGCAACAACAACAGGUAGCCCAACAGCAGCAACAACAACAGCAACAGCAACAGCAGCAGCAGCAAGCGCAACAGCAACAGGCUCAGCUCAUACAACAGCAAGUUCAGGGCGACGCCGCAACAAUCGCGGCGAUACAGCAACAGUACUUGCAACAACAACAGCAACAGCCACAACUGAGGGUGAUUAGUUCAGCUGUUGUACAGCAGCUACGAGCACAGGGUCUCUCUGGUAAUGAGUUAUCUGCGGCGAUAGUGAAUGCAGCUAAUUCAGUUCCAAAUGGAAUACAAGUUCAACCGCAGGUAAUAUCGAUGCAGCAACUACAGUCGUUGCUAGGCGGCGGUGUGGUGGCUGGAGAGGGCGCCACGUACCAAAACACACCACAGCAGUUGUUACAAAUACACCCACAAUUGCUACAGCAACAGGCGGGCGGCGUGUACGGCAGUUGCUUGGUGGGUGGCGUGGGUGGUGUUGGCGGGGUGGGCGGCGUGCCCAUGCAGGCCGUCACCGUAGAUGGCCAGGACGCGCUCUUCAUACCCGCGCAACACGCACAGAACUUUUCGGGAAUGGGGCAAGUUAGCCUCGUCAAUGGACAGCUGGUACGGACGCCCGUGUUGCCCGCUGGUUUCUUACAAAAUGUUAUGCAUUUACCUGCCGAACAGCAAGCCACCGUCACAAUCCCCGGCACUAACCUAUCCAUUCCCCUAAGCGCUUUGACCGGGAACCAGCCCAUGAUCACAAUCCCGGGAUCCAAUAUCACGAUUCCCGCGGGAAUCCAAAUCCCGACAAGUCAGGCGAUAUCGAUCCCUAGCUCGGCAGGCGUUCAGAUGCCUGUGGCGAGCGUGGCGAAUGUGGCGAACGCCGGCGUCCAGUUGACGAAUGGGGGGGAUGCGAAGAAUGGGGGGAACUCGAAGGAAAGCAAGCAGCCCGCCAGUCCCGGACAAGGCGGCGGGGUGGCGGUGCGAGGCGGCGUGGGGUCGGUGGGGUCAGUGGGUUCAGUGGGGGCGGUGGGCGGCGUGGGCAUGGUGCCUGUGCAGGUGCCCGUCAGCGUAGCCAACGGACACACAGUGUACCAGACCGUCCAUCUGCCGAUGCACUCGCAACACUUGCAGAUUAUACCACAGUUACAACAGAUGCAAGCUCAACCCCAAGUGGCUAACGUGCUGACCCCGUCCGGUCAAAUACAGCAGAUACAAAUUGCUUCACUCGCCAAUGUACAGCAAAACGGAGGUACCCAGACGGCGGUCAGCGGAUCGCCCACGCCCGGCACCAUCACGUUGCAGGCGGUAUCCAAUCCGAUGCAAGUGGAGUCAAGCGGGCAACAGCAGGCGAUAAUAACGAACGCGCCGGGCGGUCAGCAAGUCACCGUCAUACCCGCGCCCGGCGUUCGCGCCGCCAAUGUCGUACAGGUGCCAACCCUGGGCGUGGGCGGCGUGGGAGGCGCGGUGCAGCUGGUGCCGGCGCUGGGGUUGCCCGGCGUUCAGUUGGCGCAAAUUGCGCAUCAGCCGCAGGCGCAAGCGCAGCCCGUUAUAGGGCAACAGAUUCAGCAGGAUCCGAACGAGCCUGGCAAAUGGCAGGUGGUCGUGAAUAACGGUGUGGCGAGUGGAGUGUCGAGCGGUGGCAGCGCGAGCGGCGCCAACGGCGGCGGCGGCGCGAGCGCCGGCGCGGCCGAGUGCGAGGCCAGCAAGCAGCGCGCCGCCGCCGGCAGCCCCAGCGGCGUCAAGCGGCUUAUGAAGCGGGUCGCUUGCACUUGUCCCAACUGCGACCUCGGCGAGAACCGCCUAGUGGACCGUAAAAAGCAACAUCUGUGCCAUAUCCCGGGUUGCAACAAAGUGUAUGGCAAGACGUCGCACUUACGCGCUCACCUUCGCUGGCACUCUGGCGAACGCCCGUUCCUCUGCAACUGGCUAUUCUGCGGGAAGAGAUUCACACGGUCGGACGAGUUGCAGCGUCACCGGCGCACGCACACGGGCGAGAAGCGCUUCGAAUGUCCUGAGUGCAGUAAACGGUUCAUGCGCUCCGACCAUCUCGCCAAGCACGUGCGGAUACAUGCGAAGAACAGACUCACGCAACCCGAUCAUUCCCAGACAAACGCGAUGUACUCGGACUCUGGCGACGACAGUUGUGAUGAGAAGAUGACGCUCACCAUCGAGACGAUCCACGCGGAGGCCGACGAGGACAAGCUGGUGAUGGUUCGCCAAGGCUCCAAGAUGGAGGCUGAGCACGUCGACAGCUAGGGCGACCACAGCGACGAGUAAACGUCGCGCGAUUAUGAACUCUACACGCUACUACAUAAAGUUGCUACGGUAUAACAAUUGCUGUAAGAGUUUUUCUAAAUUUAAAUUAAAAAAGUCGAGCUCGGAAGUUUGGAGACUUGUUUACGGAGGAGAUUUCAGUAUUUACGUGUACAUAUUACGCACGAAGUCGGCCCAAACUUUUGGAAUUACUUUUAUUGGUAGACCAACUGAUCACAUAGAUUGAACAUGAUGACGGCCAAUGUAUUUGUAUAAAGCAAUCUAUUUACGUUUUAUGAGAGACGGGAAUUAAUGCGACUAUUUAGGUAAACUAUGACAAUUUACGUGAGUUAUCUCGACGUUUCUACACUGGUCGUGACCACUAGUAGACUGAUGUAGCGCUGUCAUGCCUCCACUACCGAGGCAGAAGAUUUUUUCUUCUAUUCGUUUUUAGACAAAUUGUGUUCCUGUAUUGAGGGUUUCUGCACACAAUUCCGACAUUAUCUUUAUUGAUGCAUUUAUCGAUGUUCUGCAAUCGCUGAUUUGCUAGUUUAGUAAUAUAUUAUUAUUAUUAUUUCAACCGUUUUUUGUCCACUGCUAAACAUAAGUCUUCCCCAUAAGGGGAGUUUUCCAGUAGUUGCCACGCUUGGCAGGCGGGUUGGCAACCGCAGUUUAGGCUUUAAGACAUGUUUUAUGAGGGAUGCUACUGCCCAUCCUUCGCCCUCCCUUAGUCGACUCUUAUGGCACCCACGGGAAAGGAAGGGGUGACGUAUUCUAUGCCGGGACCACACGGCGAAUAAUAGUAAUAAAUAACCCAGGUAAAUUAUUUAGUUUACCUAAAUGACCCUAUUAAUUUCCGUCUCAUAUAAAUUAUGCAGUGCGAAAGUCUGAAAGUUAAGCAUUCUGUGUGCUUAGUCAUAAAGUUCAGCAUCGCCUAGCUACAUCAGCUAGGUUAACCACAGUUAUGAUUUGGAUAGGGAAUUAAUAGUUGUGCUAUUAACUUUAUUAUGACGGUGUCGAAGUGUCGAUAAGUGUUUGUGCUAUAUUCACCAUACACUGUGACAGCUAAUGUCUAGUCGAGUACGAUUUUGUACUCUAUUCUCUUCACUUAAAAUAAUAUUUUCGAAUGAAGUCGGGAUAUUGGUAUGGACUAUUCAACUAGUCAUCCAAUUGCGUUGUUGUUAUGUCUUAAGCUUUGUAAAAUAUGUCUUGUAAGGUAUUUGAUUAUUGAUUCUUUUAUAUUUUAUAUCAGAUUAAGGGGGAGAUAAGUAUUGUAUAUAUUUUCUAUAUUUAAAUAUUUAAUUAUUAUAAAUUAAAAUUUAUAUAACUAAUCUCUUGGAAUAUUAAAGAAAAAAUAGAGAAAUGGAUAGUAAAAAUUAGAUUCCAUAGACAUGUGAUAUGUUUAUAUUGUCAAGUUUGGAUUUUUGAGUAUAUAUUUUGUAAUUAGGUAAAUAUAAACAAAAUAUAAUAGUAUUGUGAUCCAAUGUAGAAGUAUUUAUUUCUUCAUUAUUCUGUUGCUUUCUAAUAAACCAAAUAAAUAAAUAAAAGUAAAGUAAAUAUAUCAAUAUAAUUUUUAUUACAUUUAAAUUUUUUACAAAUUUAUUUACACACGUCAAUUAAACAAAUUUCGUAAAUAAUUACCUUUUCCCUUUAUAGUUUACUCAAAUUUAAAUGUAAUAUGACAUUGAUGACUAUGGUUAUGGAGCCUAUCUAAAAUAAGGGCUUGUCCCACGUCAAGUGGUAGUUUGUACUGAUUUGUAGCUUAUUUAUAUAUAUUUUUUGCAACUAAAAUGCUUUGUAAUAAAUAUUGUAUUAUUUUUAUUGCUAUGUACUUUUAAUUUCAAAACUGGUUUGAAAUAUUUGACGUUAUCCAUCAUCUCUAUCAUAAGGAUACUUAUAAAAGCAAUGGAAUGUUCUAGAUAAUUACUCCAUAUUUGAAUUAUUUUUACACAACGCUGUUUUGAUGUUAAUUUUAUAUAAUGUACUUAACUUUUUUACAUUUGUAUCAUGAUAUUGGUAUAUAAACACAGUAGGGUAAAUUCUGCGGCGGCAUUUUCUCUUUUAAAUUAAAAUUUAAUUUUGAUAUUAUGGCCACGAUUUCAAUUGGACGUUAGAACCACGUUAAAUUUAGUUUAUAAUGGUCUGUAACAUAUAUACACAUAUAUAACACAUAGUUUUAUUAAAUUAUCAAAUUUAAAUUUUGAAUUUAGAAUGCUACUUCAUAUUGGAACUCAAAUAACAAGAGCCUCUUUAUAGUAUUCGUAAAAUAUUUAUGUUUCUAAGUAAUUAGUUAUAAAUCAUUUAUGUUAUCUAUGUAUAAAAUUAUGUUAAGAUUUGGAACCGCCUGUUUGGAUAAUCUUUAUUAUGUAUAAUAAUAUGUGAAUACUGUAUUUAUAGCGCAGUGUGGAAACGUUAAACUUUAUCGGGCAAUUGUACCGGGUUCGAAGCUUUUUGUACAAUGUAGGUACCAUGUAAAAAUAAUAUCAUUUAUUAAAAUUCGUUUCAAGUAUUCUUUUAAGUAAUUUACUGGUAGAAACUAAAAUCUUAUCAAACACUACUGAAAUCUUUUGGAGGGUACAAUAAAGAGGAUCUAUUAAAAGACAUUAUUAAGGCUAUUUACUUAUUUUAAAUUACUUAGCAGUUUAGGCCUAAACAACUAUUUUGAUGCAAACAAAUGUAUAGACAACAGACAGUUGAUUCUGAGGCAUCACUUUUGAUUCCUAUCUUACAUUAAAAUUUACAGGGUACAGAGGAAUAACACCUGAGUCCUCAGAAAUGGUCACGCAUAGUAUCAUGGGCGAAAUAGUAUACUCUGUUAUAUCCAUGGUACUGCUCAUGUUUAUAGGCGACGCUUAUCACUUUCCAUCAGGUGGGCAGUCAGCUUGUUUGCCAUUAUAAGUUGUAUAAAAAAAAGUAUGUAAUGGUUGUAGCGUGUAAUUCAGUGCUUUUGUAUUUUAACGUUUUCGUUCUGUGUUUAAAUAUUGAUUGUAUUAAUCUUACUGUGGCCAUCUUUUGUUUUUAUAUUUGAUAUAACAAUGUAAAAAUAUUGAACUAUCUGCUUAGAUCAUAUUUGUUAAUUUAUAUUAUUAAUUUACAUAUUUGGUCACUAAUAUAUUCCGUAUUUGUACGUUAUUGUCUAAUGGGGGAAUACUGGCUUUACUAGUAUAAUUUAGCGUGUAAUACUCAAGAUUAGUUUGUAUUGUUGUCUAUGUAACCUAUGAGUUACCUACACAUAGAUGUUUCCCAAAAACAUGUUUUUUUAAUGUAUUUUCUAAUUGUUUUAUUGAGCCGUUUACACAUCGGCUUAUUAUUAAAUUGUAAACUUUAUUCCAUUAUUUUAAGGUCCAAUUGGUGAACAGUGCUUGUCUACUAGUUGUUAUAAGAGUAAGACACGAAGCAUUUUUGUGUCAUAAUAAUAUAAGUAAAGUUUUCUUGAACUGUGAUCGAAAUUAUGAAAGUUUUAAUUGUGGACUUUAAAGAUAUUGUAAAGUAUGUGAAAUAAAUUGUGACAAGAUUAUGUGUAGCAUGUGCUUAUGUUUGUAAAUUGUAUAUAUGUUACUUUUUUUUUCAGUAAAUAUAUCGUUUUAAAAGCCACAAGGUUGUAAAGAAGCGUAUAAUAGAUUCACUAUAAUAGAUUUUUAUAUUUUUAUCAUGGUCUUCAAAUAAAAUGAAAUCAUCGUUAUAUUAGCUGUUAACUGCCCAUUGCUGAACUUGGCUUUCUUUUGAGGGGUUUCGCCAGUAGUUGCCACGCUUGGCGGGAGAGUUAGUAACCGCAGUUAGGUUUUCAGUGAUAUUUUAAUAGGGACAUCCCUCGACCAUUCAAUUUCUUUAGUCGCCUCUUACGACAAACACUAGUUCAUUGUGAUAUAUAUGUGUGUUUAGCAUUAUUAAAACUUAUUUACUAUUUGACGGUUAAUAGAUUUUUCAGUAUAAUUUGUAAUCUAUAAUUAAUGGUAUAUAACAUUUUAGUAAGUAUAGGCGACUCUGAUGCGCCAAACUAAUGAAUAACUAUUAUUACUCUAACUUAUUUAUAUUAUAAAUAUGAUUGUAAAAAUAUAUUAACCCUUUCCACUCCCAGUAAUUUUUUCUUUUUAUUCCACCAGCUCCAUGCUAAAAUUGCGUUUUUUUAACUUUUAGGUGUUUUUCGUAUUUUGUAAAUAAAAAAAUUGUUUUUUUCUUAUAUGAUAAACUUUAUUUUAUGAGUAAUUACAGUAUACUAUAUUAUAAUUCUUAAUUCUAAUCUUUAUAAUCUCUUUUGGUAUGGUACAAAAUCAAUGUUGAGUGACAUUCGACAUUGGAGUGGAAAGGGUUAAAUGUUAAUUAGAAUGGAAUGUACAAACAAAAAAAAAAAUAAGGCUAAAGACACUAAUAUUUCGAAACUACGAAAAAUUAAUUAUUUUACUACUAUAUAUGAUCCUAUAAAUGUAAAAGUCUAAUAAGCCCCAUAAGUAAAGAGUUCCGACUAAUUUAAAAAAAAAAAAAACGAUAAGAUCUUGAUUUAAUCAUUAUAUACACACAAGACUUUUUUUAUAAUCUCUAAUUUACAAUUUACAUUUGCUGCAUUUAUUGUGGUUCAUAUAUGCGGAAGAUACGUUGAUGAGUCUUGUACGCCGUUAGUGUAUCUAUUUAUGGAAGCUUGAUAAAUAUUUGCAACCCUUACAAAUCUAAGAUGGCGUACGGUGGGCCUUUUUCAUUGACAUCUGACAGUUCUAUGCACAUGUUUAUAAUACUUGAUAUUUUAUUAUAAGGGCAGGUUUACAUUGGUUUAGUUACUGCCUGUAAAGUCGAGACAGGUCAGUGAUGUUUGCCGUCCUAUAGAUUGACUAAGUCGGUGCAACAAUGUUGGGUUUCAAAAUAUACAUUAACGAAUCGGCCCAGACUGUUGGGUUGAAUGUAAUCGAAUUUGGAUUAAAUCGAAAGGUAAUGAUCGUUUGAUGUUUAUUCGAUAUAUUUUCGAUUUGUUCUCAAUUAAAAAGUUAGUCUACUUUCUCGAAUUUGGAGUUAUUAACUGAUCCAGUAUAAAUUUAAUAAUAAUAAUAAUAAUGCAGUCGACACAUAGUCAUUCGCAGUUCGGGCGCUGAACCUUUAACACUAGACUCCGAGCGGUGAUUUAUUAAUUUACUUGAAUAUGCCUUUUUAGAGCUAAAAUACAUGUGAAACGUGCGUAGACUGGAUAGCGGUUGGAGAUUGAUAGCUAAUAUGAAAGGUUGUAGAUAAUAAUAAUAGUAGUCAAUUUUCGAACGUUGGCAGUCGCACGUAUAUUAUACUAAUAGUAACGGAAUUAAACAAUAUAAUUCUAAUCAAAUAAACAGUGAUAUGAACUUCUGGAAAAUAACACUUAGCUCGAUAAAAUACUAGUAAAUAUAAUACUCUCAGUGUAAACCGGCGCAACUAAAUAUAUUAAUAUGUGAGAUGUACCUAUUUGGUGGACGUAGUGGCUCAGCGAUGAUGAGUCAGUCAAUGCUUAUGUCUUUAUUAUAAUAAAAUGAAGACAUAUGAAGACAUAAAGACAUUACACAUAUAUGUGUAAUUAUAAAAAGGUUUUGUAUUACAAAUUUAGCUAGAAGAUUUACCGUGUUCACAACGAGUGUGUACAUAGACCGUAAAUCAAAACAAAAUACGUACAAAUAAAUUGUUAGUAAGUACAUCGAAGCACUUAGUGGGUCCAAAAUAACACUCUCAAAUGCACAUUUUUGUAAAUACGAACUGUAAGCUUGUAAUUAGUUUUGUACAGUUUGAUAAUUUAGGUUAGUUUUAUAACUUGCAAGUGUGUAUAUAAUUUUAUUGUUGAAUUGGUUAAUAAAAUAUUUUUACAUAA